CCCAUCUCAUCUACCAUGGACCCUUUAUAUUUCUCACACAUUCUCCAUUGUUGUGUGUACAACUUCAGGCCUAAUUUGACAGGAAAAAUGUCUCUAGUUGCUGAAGCUCCUGGUUAUCUUCAAGCCUUUUCUGAUGGGUCUGUCAAACGCUUUUCACCAGAAACAGUCCCUUCUUCAAUGCAAUCAACCAAUGGAUACAAGUUCAAGGAUGUAGUCAUUGACCCAUCAAAACCAAUAACAGCAAGGCUAUUCCUUCCUGAGUCUUCUGCGAGUCGGCUACCAGUUAUGGUUUAUUUUCAUGGUGGUGGCUUUUGCAUUGGCUCAACUACAUGGCUUGGCUACCAUCACUUUCUUGGAGAUUUCUCAGUCACAUCCCAAUGCGUUGUCCUCUCUAUUGACUACCGUUUGGCACCGGAGAAUCGCCUUCCGAUAGCUUAUGAUGAUUGCUACAUUUCACUUGAAUGGUUGAGUCAUCAAGUGAUUGUUGAUCCUUGGCUCGAGUUGGCGGAUCUUUCUCGUGUGUUUCUCUCUGGAGAUAGUGCUGGAGGUAACAUUGCACACCAUGUUGCUAUCAGAGCAAUGAAGAACAAAGUUUCUCAUGUUAACAUCAAGGGAUUGUUGUUGAUUCAUCCUUAUUUUGGAAGUGAGAAAAGGACUAAGAAAGAGAUGGCUGAUGGCGCAGCAGGUGAUGUAGAAAUGAAUGAUAUGUUCUGGAGACUAAGCAUACCAGAAGGGUCAAAUCGCGAUUACUUCGGAUGCAAUUUUGAGAUACAUGAUCUCUCUGCAGCUGAAUGGAGGGUGUUUCCAGCAACAGUGGUUCAUGUUGCUGGCCUAGACUUCUUACAUGAAAGGGGAGUAGUGUAUGCAGAGUUUUUAGCUAAGCAUGGGGUGAAAGAGGUGGAGCUAGUGGAGGCUGAAGGAGAAUCUCAUGUGUUCCAUGUGUUUCGCCCUGAAUCUGAGGCGACACGCUUGCUCCAACAACAAAUGAGCAAAUUUAUGAACAGCCAUUAGCUCCUCAAAUGGCUGUCAAUGCCAUGGAACAAUCAAAGAAAUCUGCAGAAAUUAUAGCAACCAUAUGAGAAAUUUACUGAAAUUUGACAAGGCUAUUGCAAUUACAACAGAUAAUGCAAAUCAAAUGUAUGAAAAAUAAAUGAAUUCAAUCCAAUGUGUCCAAAAGGUUCAGCAA